GAGUUUAAUGAUGAUUUCUUAGCAAAUCGACCACGUCUUUGGAGAAGUGUAGAGCAUUGUUUGGUUGUUGAACAUUUACCGUUUUGCACGUAAUAUUGUAUUCUUUUUUUUUGUUACAUUGAAAGAUCAAAGCAAAAUGAGUGUUGAAGAAGAUGUUAUGCGAAUACAGAAGAAAUUAAAUAAAAUGACGUCAGAAGACGGAAGUGGUCAGGAACAAGCACUCGAUUUGCUUAAGGAACUGCAAACCCUCAACAUUAAUUUGGAAGUAUUGACAAAAACGCGAAUUGGUAUGACUGUAAACGCUUUAAGAAAAUCUAGCAAAGACGACGAGGUUAUUAGUUUAUCCAAAACACUAAUAAAAAACUGGAAAAAGUUUCUUUCUGGGUUAAAUUCAAAUAGUGAAAAGUCAAGCAGUACAUCAAAACCAAAAAAAGAAAAAGAGGAUAAAGCUUCCAGAGAGGACAAAGAUAGAGAACGGGAGAAGAAUUUGCCAAAACAAUUUCCUGCAAAUUCAAAUACAACAGACUCUGUUAGGCUUAAAUGUAGAGAAAUGCUGGCAGGUGCUAUCAAAACUGACUCCAAACCUGAGGACUUUGAAGGUUGUGCCUCGGCUGAGGAAUUGGCGGAAGAAUUGGAGGAAGCAAUUUUCUCCGAGUUCAAAAACACCGAUAUGCGUUACAAAAACAGGGUCCGUUCUAGAAUAGCCAACCUUAAAGACAUUAAAAACCCUACCCUACGAACACAUUUCCGCAUAGGAGCUAUAACAGCUGGUAGAUUAGCCGUUAUGACUGCAGAAGAGAUGGCGAACGAUGAGGUAAAACAGCUGAGAGAGAAAUUCUUGAAAGAAUCCAUUAAUGAUGCUCAGCUUGCUACUGCACAAGGUACCAAAACGGACAUGCUUAAAUGCGGAAAAUGUAAGAAGAGGAAUUGUACUUACAACCAGCUACAGACGAGGUCGUCCGAUGAACCUAUGACUACUUUUGUUCUGUGCAACGAGUGUGGUAAUAGAUGGAAGUUUUGUUGAUUUUUUUAGUAAGGUUAUAUUAACUUUUAUUUAAUUAUCUAGGGUAAGUACUUUCUUUAAUGUCUUAUCUUUGGCACCAUUAUGAUAACUGUGUUACAUAGACUAUUGAAACAAUAAAUAAAGCCUAUAAAUUUUGAGCAAAA